UCGCUAGUGUAGUAGUGCCAUGCGCUACCUCUAUGUGGCACUUCUGCUCUGAAGAAGGAAGACCCACGAUCACGCUAAUAGCUGGAGUGUGCUGACCAACACCUCACCCCUGCCCUCGGGAUUAAAGGGGAAACCGAGACCUGUAUGGGUCGGCCAUCUCCAGCAGAUCGCGUGACUACCGCAGCGGAGGUAAAAGAAUUGCUGAAUCAUCUGACUGAAGCAAUAACCUCACUAUCUUUGUUUUUUACACUGCAUCAACAAUGAAGCAAUGAUAUCUGAGUACGAAAGAACAUGUGCCAACUAACUGUCCUCACAAUUUAAGUGACCGUGUGAGCAGAAACAUGCUGUAACAGACCUGUGUCAACUGGUAGACAGAGAAUGCAUUCUUCUGAUUCUGUUUGUGUAGAAGAAAGUUUAGUAUAAUACAUUUAAAUUGUAACCUACAUCAAAUGAAAUAAAAAUGAGUGAAGCCCCCAGAUUCUUUGUUGGACCUGAAGAUACAGAAAUCAACCCUGGUAAUUAUCGACAUUUCUUCCACCAUGCAGAUGAAGAUGAGGAGGAGGAGGAUGAGUCUCCACCGGAAAGGCAGAUUGUGGUUGGAAUAUGUUCCAUGGCAAAGAAAUCCAAAUCCAAACCAAUGAAGGAAAUUCUUGAGCGGAUCUCCUUAUUUAAAUAUAUUACAGUAGUAGUAUUUGAAGAGGAUGUUAUUUUGAAUGAACCAGUGGAAAACUGGCCUUUAUGUGAUUGUCUUAUUUCUUUCCAUUCUAAAGGAUUUCCACUGGACAAAGCAGUUGCCUAUGCAAAACUCAGGAAUCCAUUUGUUAUCAAUGAUUUGAAUAUGCAGUAUCUCAUACAAGAUAGGAGGGAAGUAUAUAGUAUCCUUCAAGCUGAAGGUAUUUUACUUCCUCGUUAUGCCAUUUUGAACCGUGACCCAAAUAAUCCCAAAGAAUGCAGUCUAAUUGAAGGGGAAGAUCAUGUAGAAGUAAAUGGGGAAGUUUUCCAAAAGCCGUUUGUAGAAAAGCCAGUCAGUGCAGAAGAUCACAAUGUUUACAUUUAUUAUCCAACAUCUGCUGGUGGUGGAAGUCAAAGACUUUUUCGAAAGAUUGGCAGUAGAAGUAGUGUUUAUUCCCCAGAAAGCAGUGUACGAAAAACAGGCUCGUAUAUAUACGAAGAGUUCAUGCCUACAGAUGGUACUGAUGUCAAGGUUUAUACAGUGGGUCCAGAUUAUGCCCAUGCUGAAGCUCGAAAAUCUCCAGCACUGGAUGGCAAAGUGGAACGAGAUAGUGAAGGAAAAGAAGUGAGAUAUCCUGUUAUUCUCAAUGCACGAGAGAAAUUAAUUGCUUGGAAAGUCUGCCUUGCAUUUAAGCAAACAGUUUGUGGCUUUGAUUUAUUACGGGCCAAUGGACAGUCCUAUGUCUGUGAUGUCAAUGGCUUCAGUUUUGUGAAAAAUUCCAUGAAAUACUAUGAUGAUUGUGCAAAAAUACUUGGCAAUAUUGUGAUGAGAGAGCUCGCUCCACAAUUUCAUAUCCCCUGGUCAAUACCCUUAGAAGCUGAAGAUAUCCCCAUUGUACCAACUACAUCUGGAACUAUGAUGGAACUUAGAUGUGUCAUAGCUGUCAUACGGCAUGGGGAUCGAACACCAAAGCAAAAAAUGAAGAUGGAAGUGAGGCAUCAAAAAUUUUUUGAUCUUUUUGAAAAGUGUGAUGGAUAUAAAUCUGGGAAGUUAAAACUCAAAAAGCCAAAACAAUUACAGGAAGUGUUGGAUAUUGCACGGCAGCUUCUUAUGGAGCUGGGGCAGAAUAAUGAUUCUGACAUUGAAGAAAACAAGUCAAAACUUGAACAACUUAAGACAGUGUUAGAGAUGUAUGGCCAUUUUUCUGGAAUAAAUCGUAAGGUGCAAUUAACCUAUCUCCCUCAUGGUUGUCCUAAAACAUCUAGUGAAGAGGAAGACAGCCGAAGAGAAGAACCAUCCUUACUUUUGGUUCUAAAAUGGGGAGGAGAACUAACCCCUGCAGGCAGGGUCCAAGCUGAAGAACUGGGAAGAGCUUUCAGGUGUAUGUAUCCUGGAGGUCAAGGAGAUUAUGCAGGAUUUCCUGGUUGUGGUUUACUUAGAUUACAUAGUACCUACCGGCAUGACCUCAAAAUAUAUGCAUCUGAUGAAGGACGAGUGCAGAUGACUGCAGCUGCUUUUGCAAAGGGGCUCUUGGCACUAGAAGGAGAGCUUACCCCCAUUCUUGUUCAGAUGGUAAAAAGCGCAAACAUGAAUGGUCUUCUGGAUAGCGACAGUGACUCCCUGAGCAGUUGUCAGCAGCGUGUGAAAGCAAGACUUCAUGAAAUACUACAGAAAGAUAGAGAUUUCACUGCAGAAGAUUUUGAAAAGCUUACUCCAUCUGGAAGCAUUUCUCUUAUUAAAUCAAUGCAUUUAAUUAAAAAUCCUGUGAAGACCUGUGACAAAGUUUAUUCCUUGAUACAAAGUUUGACUUCUCAAAUCAGACAUCGCAUGGAAGAUCCCAAAUCAUCAGAUAUUCAACUUUACCAUAGUGAAACAUUAGAGCUUAUGCUACGUAGAUGGUCCAAGUUGGAGAAAGACUUUAAAACAAAGAAUGGAAGAUAUGACAUUAGUAAAAUCCCUGACAUAUAUGACUGUAUAAAGUAUGAUGUCCAGCAUAACGGUUCCUUGAAAUUAGAAAACACAAUGGAAUUAUAUAGGCUUUCGAAGGCAUUAGCAGAUAUUGUUAUCCCUCAGGAAUAUGGAAUAACCAAAGCUGAAAAACUGGAGAUUGCCAAAGGCUACUGUACCCCUCUAGUCAGAAAAAUUCGCUCAGACCUUCAGAGGACACAAGAUGACGACACUGUAAAUAAACUCCAUCCUGUGUAUUCCAGGGGUGUUCUGUCUCCUGAACGUCACGUCCGUACCAGAUUAUAUUUCACUAGUGAAAGUCAUGUACAUUCUCUACUAUCUAUUCUUCGUUAUGGUGCCUUAUGCAACGAAUCAAAAGAUGAACAGUGGAAACGAGCUAUGGAUUAUUUAAAUGUUGUCAAUGAACUCAACUACAUGACUCAGAUUGUUAUCAUGCUUUAUGAGGAUCCUAACAAGGAUCUUUCCUCGGAGGAACGCUUUCAUGUUGAAUUACACUUCAGUCCAGGAGCCAAAGGAUGUGAAGAAGAUAAAAAUCUACCAUCCGGCUAUGGAUAUAGACCAGCUUCAAGAGAGAAUGAAGGCAAGCGGUCUUUUAAAAUUGAUAACGAUGAUGAACCACAUACUUCUAGAAGAGAUGAGGUUGAUCGAGGUGUACUGUUAUUCAAACCUAUGGUAUCAGAACCGAUUCAUAUACACAGGAAGUCGCCACUGCCACGCUCCAGGAAGAUGGCUACAAACGAAGAAGAGAGCCCCCUGAGUGUGUCUAGCCCAGAGGGUACUGGUACCUGGCUGCAUUAUACCAGUGGUGUGGGUACUGGGCGUCGAAGACGCAGAUCAGGGGAACAAAUCACUUCUUCCCCUGUCUCCCCCAAAUCAUUGGCUUUCACAUCCAGUAUUUUUGGCUCAUGGCAACAGGUUGUAUCUGAAAAUGCUAAUUACCUACGAACGCCAAGAACUCUUGUGGAACAGAAGCAGAACCCUACUGUAGGGUCACACUGUGCGGGCCUGUUUAGCACCUCGGUGCUCGGGGGUUCUUCAAGCGCACCUAACCUACAGGAUUAUGCUCGUACUCAUCGUAAAAAGCUGACCUCUUCUGGCUGCAUAGAUGACGCCACACGCGGUUCUGCUGUUAAAAGGUUUUCUAUCUCAUUUGCUCGACACCCAACCAAUGGCUUUGAAUUGUAUUCCAUGGUACCAUCUAUUUGUCCUCUAGAAACUCUUCACAAUGCCCUGUCUUUAAAGCAGGUGGAUGAAUUUCUUGCUUCCAUUGCUUCUCCAUCAAGUGAAGUUCCACAGACGACCCCUGAACUUUCUUCUGCAGUUUCACGUUCCAGUCCAGUAAUGAGAAGAAAAGUGUCUCUAAAUACAUACACACCUGCAAAGAUCCUCCCAACACCACCCACCACCUUAAAGAGUACUAAAGUGAGCAGCAAGCCAGCCACCAGUGGACCCUCUAAUGCAGUUGCUCCAAAUACCUCAUCUCGGAGAAAGAGUAUAACUAACAAAACAGAAAUGCAUGAACACAAAAAAAACACUGGGAAGAAGAAAUAAAAUCUUCUAGCAGGAGCCAAAACUCCUCAUACUUAAAAAAAUUCACGUUUAGUAGAAAAAGUCAUGUAGUAAGUCUUGGCUCAAGGCUGUCAGAGCAAAUAGUUCAUGUUUCUUCUUAUAUCUCUCUGUAUUCAUUUAAAACUAUGUGACCUCUGGAAGAGUUCUUUGUAUAUAUUCGGGUAAGAAACUUGUCACAAUCUGGAAAUGUUUAAAACAAUGUUUAUUAGCAUUUUAUGAGUAGCAAAACUUAUGGUAAUGAAGAUCUGUUGUUCUUACUGUGAUGUUUACCAUAUGCCUGUGGUAAAGAAAAGGUACGUAAAUUCCCAGCUGGCCGGUACCAGUGUGGUACCAGUAACACUGUUCCAUGAAGAAUCUGUGAAGUGGCUUCUGUACAUACUUCAUUAUCAUGGGAUGGCAUCUUGGCUUUAAAAACCUGUAGCUUUGGUUGAAAUUUGAUGGUCCAGAUUACAUAUUUGGGACUUUUAAAACGUACACUUCCAAAGAGAAAUGGUACAUUGACCAUUUAGAUUAUAAACAUUUCCCCUGCCAUUGUUAACAACUGCAUAUAUGCUGCAAUAUUUAAUAACUGGAGUUAUAGUCUAGGGGUUAUUUUUUCAAUCUGUGCUUUGAAUUUUUUUAUUGUGUGUUAUUUAAAAUAUUGCAUAUACAGCUGGGAUAUCUACAGCUUUAUGCACAUAAAUUUAUAUAUUAAUUUGUAAAAAAUAUUUUCAUUAUAUAUUUACUUACCAUAAAGUUCUUUUGUUCAUCAGGAAAAUUUUGCUUCAUAUAUUGUCAAUAAAAGACAUCCUUAGAGUUUCUUUUUAAGAGAUAUAAUUGACAAGCUUAUAAAAUGUAACACUUAUUUUCAGAGUUCUUUUUAGAUUUAAGGAAAAGUUCAAAAAGAGGAAAAUCAUCAGCGUGAGAAGAAUAUCUGAAUUCCAUAGCACCUGUUUUCACUUUUUAUGUCUAGUGUAUCACUUGAUCUCACUAAGAAAGCUUAAAGAUUGACCAUUCGAAUAAAUGCUUUUUUCAUGUGAUUAGAUUUCAAAGGGAAAUUGAGAUCAUUGUGUUGUGAUUUCAUGUAUGAUGUGAAAAAAAUAUUACCUUUGGUGCUUUUUUACCUCUGCACAAAUAGUUAAUUAUUUACAACUUGAAAUGACUUAAACUGUAAACCAAACAGUACAACCUGGUAAGAAAUCCAUGCAUUGCCAGCCAGGUAAUUUAUAUUGCUAAAGCUUUAGCUUGAAGCUUACUGUUAAAAAAUUAUUAAAUUCUCAUAUGAAUACAACUAUUAAAAUUCUUCGAAAGAGCUCUUCUAACCUUAAAUCAUCAUAUAUGAACUGACUUUUAGAAAAUAGUCAUAUUCCAUGUUAGUUUUAAAAGGUACCAGAUGUAAAAGUCACAAAUAUAUACAAUUAUGUAAGUUUGUAUUCUUCACAUGAAUGUAAAUGUAUUAUGUGGAGACCUGUCUUAUAAACAGUUGAAUGUACCUAAGCUUUUUGUAUGUAAAAAUGUGGCUAAUGUGCUCAUAGUGGGGGUAAGGAAACUACUUUUAUUUUUUAAGUGGAACUGAAUUAAAAUAUUUUAUUUCCAGAAUCAGA